AUGCUUGGUAAUCACCCUGUGUUUCGUCAGCAAGCUCAGAGUCCGACUCCAUUAGCAGCAGGCACACCACCGUCAAGAGGCGUCGGACACGGAGCUCGUCCUUUAACACAGUCAAAUAAUAAUCCUGACUUCGAUCCUGAUGUUGAUUCUGAUGCAUCUAGCAAUCCCAGUGUUGGAGAGCCGCUGCCUCAGCUGACGCCUCAUCAGAUCAAAACAGUCACAAUUCCCAUAUUGGGCAAGUCUGCCAACAAGAAGGCUAAACUUCAGACCAAGAAGAGACCUUACAUUGUUCCUUCCAAAGCUUCUGGCGGUGUUCCCAAUCCGAGCAAGAACUAUAUCAGACAGUCCGCAUUGGCACCUUCUCGGCUGGACGUCCCACGCAAUAUUCUAGUCAUAAUCGAUCUGAAUGGCACCCUUCUUCACCGCCCUAACCACAAAAAGACAAAAACAUUCGUCGAGCGACCUUUUGCAAGAAACUUCCUGGACUAUUGUCUUCGUACAUUCACUGUGGGUGUAUGGUCCUCGGCAAAACCUGACAAUGUACGCGGGAUGAUGCCACAGCUCCUUUCACCCCAGGAGCAGGCCAAGCUCGUCACGAUUUGGGGUCGAGACACCCUCGGUCUCAGCCCAGCGGAUUACAACCAGCGCGUACAAGUUUACAAACGACUAGAGUCAGUUUGGAAUGAUCCCAAGGUAGCGGCCAGCCACCCGGAGGCGUGCGAUGGGAAGCGUUGGGACCAGACCAACACCGUUCUCAUCGAUGACUCGAAGGAGAAGGCUCGUUCGCAACCAUUCAACAUCAUCCUACUGCCUGAGUUUGAGGGCGAUGUUACUGAGCCGGGCUACGUUCUACCGCAAGUGCAUGAUUAUCUAAACGAAUGCGCACAUCAAAGAGACAUUAGUUCUUUCAUUCGUGAGAAUCCAUUUAGAUUUGAUCCUGCCUUCCUUCUUGAGCCGAAGGGUGCGGCAUUGGCAGACCUGAAUAACACAACAAAUCGUUGA